AUGUAUGGAAAAUGCAGGCUGCUAAUGAAUAUGAAUCUCUCGGGAACUUUGGCCCCCGAGCUUGGUCAAUUAUCUCAACUUGAAAUCUUAGAUUUCAUGUGGAAUGAACUGACUGGCAGUAUACCUAAGGAGAUUGGUAAUAUCAAAUCACUAAGACUUCUGGUCUUAAAUGGAAAUAAAUUGUCGGGGUCUUUACCGAGUGAGCUUGGUUAUCUACCAAAUCUGAAUAGAUUUCAGAUAGACCAAAACGAGAUAUCUGGACCAAUACCUUUGUCCUUUUCAAACUUAAAAAGUAUUAAACACAUUCACUUCAACAAUAACUCGCUCAGUGGUCAAUUACCUCGUGAACUUUCCAACUUGUCGACAGUAAUUCACUUGCUUUUCGAUAAUAAUAACUUAUCGGGGUAUCUUCCUUCAGAGUUUUCCAAUCUUCCAGCUCUACAGAUACUACAACUUGAUAACAACAAUUUCAGUGGCUCUGAAAUUCCUGCUUCUUAUGGAAAUAUGUCAAAUUUAGUAAAAUUAAGUCUCAGAAAUUGUAGCUUGAAAGGACCAAUUCCUGAUCUAAGCAGAAUACCCACCCUAAACUACAUAGACCUCAGCUUGAAUCAGCUAUCUGGAACCAUAUCAUCGAUUAUACUUUCGAACAAUAUGACUACUAUUGAUCUAUCAGAUAAUAAACUGAGUGGCACGAUACCCACAAGUCUUUCUCGCCUUCCUUCUCUUCAGAAACUGUCACUUAGGAAUAACUUCCUGACUGGUUCGGUUAAUGUUGAUCUCUGGCAAAACAGAUCCUUCAGCUCAUCUGCCAUAUUUGUUAUAGAUCUUGAGAAUAACUCCCUUUCAAAUGUCACCGGAUAUCUUGAUCCUCCCACGAAUGUUACACUAAGGUUACAAGGCAAUCCGGUCUGCAGAAAUGCAAACAUAAGGAACAUCAACUUGUUCUGCAAACCUGAACCCGAAAUCAAAGUAAAUCGCAUUUUAUACGACUCAACAACAAAUUCAUCUGGCAUUUGUCCUAUUCAAGCAUGUCCUACGGGCAAUUAUUUUGAAUAUGCUCUGGCAUCACCUAUCCCUUGCUUCUGUGCAUCUCCCCUUAGAAUCGGAUAUCGACUUAAGAGUCCUAGCUUCUUUUAUUUCCCUCCAUAUGAGGUUCCAUUUGAGUCAUACUUGGCGACUUCUCUUAAUCUUGACAUUUAUCAAGUGUUCAUUGACUCAUCUCACUGGGAGAAGGGGCCUCGUUUGAGGAUGCACCUAAAGUUAUUUCCUUUGCCUAGUGAUGAUCAUUCGGGUACGUUCAACAGGAGUGAAGUUCUCCGGAUCAGGAACAUAUUUACAUCUUGGCUCUUCCCAGGUAGUGAGUUGUUUGGACCUUAUGAACUUCUCAACUUCACGCUGGUCGGACCUUAUGCUUAUGUGAAUUCGGAUACUUCUCACAACGGCAUGAACAAAGGCAUCUUAGUUGCAAUUACACUCUCUGCGGUUUUUGUUGCGGUAGUUAUCUCAGCAGCCAUCACAGUUUUAAUAACAAAAAGGCAUGCUAGACGCCAACUGGGACGGUCAAGGAAAAAGCAUUCCUCUAAGCUUUCAGUAAAAAUAGAAGAUGUUAAAAGCUUCACUUUUGAAGAACUAGCAUUAGCGACAAAUUGUUUCAGUGAAUCAACCCAAGUUGGCCAAGGAGGUUAUGGGACAGUUUAUAAAGGUAGUCUAGCUGAUAAGACAAUUGUCGCAAUCAAGCGUGCUAGAGAAGGAUCUUUACAGGGGAAGAAGGAAUUCUUAACAGAAAUUGAAUUGUUAUCGAGGUUGCAUCACAGGAACCUUGUUUCACUUGUUGGAUACUGCGAUGAAGAAGAUGAGCAGAUGCUGGUAUAUGAGUUCAUGCCAAAUGGAACAUUACGAGACUGGCUUUCUGGUAACGCAAAAUCGGGGGAGACAUUGAAUUUUGGAGGAAGACUACGCAUAGCGCUGGGGGCAGCUAAGGGCAUCCUUUACCUUCACACUGAAGCUAAUCCACCUAUAUUCCACAGAGAUAUCAAAGCCAGCAACAUUCUUCUAGAUUCUAAGCUCACUGCUAAAGUGGCCGACUUUGGACUUUCACGGCUUGCACCUCAGCUGGAUGCCGAAGGCGACAUGCCCCAGCAUGUAUCAACAAUUGUUAAGGGAACACCUGGUUACCUUGAUCCAGAAUACUUGUUGACUCGUCAGUUGACAGACAAAAGCGAUGUUUACAGUAUAGGAGUUGUAUUCUUGGAGCUUUUAACUGGAAAGCAACCCAUAAUGCACGGGAAGAACAUUGUCCGUGAGGUAAAUUUGGCCAAACAAUCGGGCACAAUGUUCUCCAUCAUAGACAGUAGAAUGGGAUCUUAUCCUUCUGAAUGCGUGGAGAGGUUCAUUGCUUUGGGACUCAAGUGUUGCCAGGACAAGCCGGAUGUGAGGCCAUCAAUAUUGGAUGUGGUCAGGGAGCUGGAAAAUAUUCUUGCAAUGAUGCCGGAGACUGUAGUAGACUCAUCAUCAGAUUCUAGAUCCAGAUUUUUCAGUGAAUCAUCAGGGAUCUCCUCGGCGGCUGCGGAUAACACCGCGAGCAGAGAUAGGGACCCCUAUGCACCAUCAUCAUCGUCAUCAUUCAUUUCCGGGGGUGAUCUUAUCAGUGGCGUGACUCUCACAGUCAUACCACGCUGA